AUGUUCGCCGCCAGAUUGCCCCGACGACUGCCAAUCAGAACAUGGUCAGCGCGCCAAAUAGCGACGACCAGCGCAAGGCGGUCGGACGCCCUCUUCGUUCACCGUGACAAUGCGUACAAUAACCCCAAGAUACCGUUCGAGUUUACACCGGAAAACAUGAAGCGUGCCGAGGAUAUCAUCUCCCGGUAUCCUCCCCAAUACAAGAAGGCCGCGAUCAUUCCGCUUUUGGAUCUCGGACAGCGGCAGAACAAAGGCUGGACAAGCAUUAGUGUCAUGAAUCAUGUCGCCAAGCUUGUGGAGGUCCCCCCAAUGCGUGUAUACGAGGUCGCGACGUUCUAUACAAUGUUCAACAGGGAGCCAAUAGGCGAACACUUCGUACAAGUCUGUACCACAACGCCAUGCAUGUUACAGGGAUCCGAAGGGGUGUUGGACACAGUUUGCAAACAGCUGGGUGGAAUUAAACCGGGACAGACAACGAAAGACGGCAAAUUCACUGUGGUCGAAGUUGAAUGUCAGGGAGCAUGCAGUAACGCUCCCAUGAUGGUUAUUGGCGACGACUUCUAUGAGGACCUUUCGGUAGACACCACCAAGAAAAUCAUCGAAGCGUUCCAGCGGGGCGAGAAGCCCAAGCCUGGCCCACAGAGCGGUAGACUCACGAGCGAGAACUCGGCUGGCCUAACAACUCUUACUUCAAAGCCUUACGGUCCCGGCGAGUUCUGUUUACCAGAAUUCCAGUAG